AUGAAUCUUUUCGCUGCAUGCCGGACUGAGGCAUUUUCGGACAGCGUGUACAAGCGCCCGUGCCGUCGCGGCAACCCGGGUGCCAUGACCCACCAGAUCGUUCCAAGUUUCACAGAGUACCAUGGGCAGGGCAAGGGUUUGGCUUGA